AUGCCUUCGCUGUCAGUGUUAGAUUUGUGUAGUCAGUGGCGUGGACUUUGGAACGGGUUGUACUUGGUAGAGCCGAGGUUACCUGCAUAUGUUGGGGGCGUGUCACCCCCUCCCAGUUCGUCACGCUUCACUCUGGUUGGCGUGGUCUGUACCAGAGGACCAUACAAGUGUGGUUUUCCUAAAGCAGCUUUAAAGGCAAUCCCUACAGUUACUACUAGUUCCACGGUCCGAGUAGACCAUUUCAUUCAAUCACUGCACCCCAUUUCCUCCCUCCGGAUGGGCGAAGGAUGGAUGCGACGGAAGCGCGCAGGGGUUGCCGCUAGCACAGGGAAUGAUGGCGGCGUAAUUGGCAAUGUACUGGCGUCACUCGGGGCUUGGCACCCGCCCGUGAUUCUCGGGUUGGUGUUGCCGCUCAUGCAGUCGUACGCUAAGGCUGGUGAGUUUACAUUCCAGGGUAAGCUCAAGUCUGCGCUGGUAGACAACGCCAUCUACUACGGUUCAUACCUGUUCUUGUGCGGAGUGCUGCUAAUCUACAUUGCUAUGAAGCCUGGACAAUAUUUGGACGGGCCGAAGCUGAAGGCUAUUGCGUCAUCCGCUAGCAAUACCUGGGGCCUGUUCCUGCUGGUGCUGCUACUAGGAUACGCUCUGGUGGAGAUACCGCGGAACCUGUGGCUCUCGUCAUCAUGUCAAUACACAUUACACCACGCCUACUUCAAGGCUGCCAAGCUGUCUGCAGACAAGUGCGAGGCAGAGGACACACUUGAUGACACGCUUGAGUCUGUGCAGUCAAUAUCCAACUACAUCCGGCCAGGAGACACACUGUAUUCCCAUUUGUCCACGAUACUACACAAGAUCCCACCGGACAUGCGACAGAGCAUGAAGAGGCGGCAGCGCACCCACGAUGAGCAUGGAGACAUGCCCAGCCUCAAGUCCUUAGUUCGGCUACACAAGCAGCUGAUCAAAGCACUCCAGACGUACCGGCGCUGCGAGACCCAAUGGGAGCUGCUUGUAGAGAGGAUCAUCCUUCAGGAGGACAUUGCUCGAAAUCAGAUGAGCCGUGAUCACAGGUUCAAACCAACGUUUGUCAAGCCCCAGUCCCCAAUGGUUGCGGCCAUCUUUAACCCCACUGUUGAGUGGUACUGGAGGUGUGUGAUCCAGGGCUAUCUGCUACGAUUGGCCGCUGUACUGUCAGUCAUUCUGUCUGCAACAGUCGUGUGGUCUGAAGUCACCUUCUUCAACAAGAAACCAGUUCUUUCCAUCUUUGCAAACUUUCUCAGCAUCGCCCGAUCCAACUAUGACUAUCUCACCAUUGAACUUCUAUCAACUGUGAUCAUCGCCUAUCUGUGCUUCUGUGCAUACUCAACCAUUCUCAAGAUACGAGUUCUCAACUACUACUAUUUAGCUCCUCACCAUCAAACUGAUGAGCACAGCCUCAUCUUUUCUGGCAUGAUGGUGUGCAGGCUUACCCCUCCCCUGUGCCUCAAUUUCCUAGGCCUUAUUCACAUGGACAGUCACAUCAUUAAGAAUAACAACAUGGAGACGCACUACACCCAGGUGAUGGGGCACAUGGACGUGGUCUCCAUUAUUUCUAACGGUUUCAACGUGUACUUCCCUAUCGGUAUUCUGGCGUUCUGCCUGGCCACGUACUUCAGCAUCGGUUCCCGCCUGCUCUCUCUCAUCGGCUUCCAGCAGUUCCUCGACGACGACGAUCUGACGAGCGAUCUUGUUGAAGAGGGCAAGGAGCUGGUCAGUCGAGAGAAAAGACGAAGGCAAAGGAACGAAGAAUAUGCUGGCCGGAGGAAGACUUACCAGAAGCAGAGUCCAGCCACCAAACUUGGAGGUUUCGUAUCUCAGCACCGAACGAGAGAAGACUCCACAUCAAACUUGUUGGCGGCUGCUGAGCCGAUCGACACGUACCAGAGCAAUGCCGACGAGUCGUUUAGUCAGGACUUCACGCCCACUCGCAUCGGCGACCCACCUCGGGGCCUGUUUGAUGAUAUAUAAACAGAUUGUAUAGUAGCAAGUUUAGCAAACAAUUUUGCAAGACUUAAGUGCCAUACGAGAGAAAGUUGUCCAGUGAAUUUUGUAGUGCUUGUUCUUUUCUACAAAGUAAAGACAUGUCCAUAUGUAAAUUACCGUGCAAUUAAUUAUAGUGAGAUGAUAGUGUAAGGCAUAGUGCGGUUUAAUGUAGCGUGAUAUAGUUUACAACCAGUAGGCCUACUCCAUUGUUUGACUAAAAACCGUAAAGUGAUUAGUUUGUAGUAUUGUUGUGAUUAUUUUCCAAAUGAAAGCCAUUCAUGUGGUGUAGAAUAAGUAUUAUCAAAAGUAUAGAAACUUAUGUUCAGUUAUAUAGUUAUGUUUCAUACAAUACAAAUAUUUAAUAGUCGUUGUUAAUUGUGUUACAGAUUCUGAAUCUAUGGUAAUUAAUGAAUCUAGAAGCUUUUGCAAAUCAUUCUGUAAUUAGAAAAAUAUAAUUUAACCCUUUGGUUGCCUCACCAUAUUAAGAAAGUUUGCAUCGAACACAGCCAUUGGUUUUCUGGGAGUCAUUGUAUGGCUAGGAAAGGUGAAACGGAUGUUUUAGAAGAUUGGUUAUAUUGUUCUUUAGACACAUCUUUAUUACAAAUAGAUUGUCCGUGGUACUCAAGGGGUUAAAAGCUUUGACAAUCUGCCUCUGAUAAAAUCGUUUUCUUAUUUUGCUUUUUACUUUUUUUAUAUUGAUGUUUUAAUUUUGUAUACAGCAAUGUUUAAACGUUUUUGCAAAAUCAUCUAAAGAUGUUCUAGUUAGAUGUAUGUUUGGGAAUUAAUAAUAUACCUACUACAUCUAAACCUUUUAAGGGCCAAAAUACAGUGUGAGUUAAAAGUUUGGAUAGACUCUGUUUAGUUUUUUAUGGAUAAAGAUGGAUGGAUUUAACUCUGAAUACCUUUUUUGGAAAUAGAAGAGAACUUUUUAGUCACUGUUACAACUUUGCCCAUUCCCCGAAAUGGGAUUUUGGGGGGGCUCAAAGUUUUCAAAUGUAAAGACCCAUUACGUGACACGGGGCUUUGAAAGUUCUUGAUAAAAGAAGAAGAACAGUGGAAAUUAGAGCUUUCUAUCUCAAUCCAGUACAAAAUAGCAGCUCAUUGAAAUUAAUGAAAAAUUUAUUGAGGCAAAACAUGAACAUCCACAUUCAGAACAUAAAUAACUUCGAUAGACAACCACUCUCCUUACAAACUCAAACCUGUUAUACAGUUAUUACCUGCUGCAGGGCAGACCUCCCUUAUCUUAUCAGUUUGGAGGGUUCAGUAUCAUGUUCAGAUUCUGGUUGGAAUUAACAAAAUGAAUAUGUGUUGAGAUAGAAAAGCUCUAAUUUCCUAGAAAGGUGUCCUGAGUUCUAUCCCUGCAUCUUAAUCCAUCAAAAAAUAGAGUGUAUCCGUACACUUAACUCACACCGUAUAUGUGGACUGUAAGUCAUUCAUCACAGAUUUAAAUAAUAUUCUCUAACUUUUUUCAAUUAUUAACUUACAAACUACAGCAAACGAGACAAAAUAGUAAUCAUGGUCACCAUGUUCGUUUUAUUAUACAUCAUGUUUGUCUCCAUGUGAUAAACAAUCUAUAUAAAUUAAUAUUCAUGUCCAAGUUUACAUACAUUGGAAGUUUUCACUUGCUUUCUUUCUAGAAAUCGUUUAGUGCAUAAUCUAAAUGAGUGAAUCAACAUGACUGAAUCACCACCGAAAAUCUGUAAGUUAACAGGCAUAACUUUCCCUCUGUGUUGAUAACUGAGUGAAGUAAGCAGGUGUUGAAAAUAGUCAUUUUCCCACUUUUUCUUGCCUUGGAAGAUUUGCAAGUUUAUUAUUUACUAGUUGUAUGUUACCUGUAGUAAUUGCAUUUAUUUUCAAGUUUAGUGGUUAAAUUUUAGUAUAGUUUAACAUGCCUAGUUCCCUCCUUUCAGUGUUUUAAUUUUAUAAUUAGUGUUAGGUUUUAAUAAACUAGGGAUGUAUCCUAUCACACCAUUAUUUCCCCAUUUAAUUUUAAAUAAAUAGUACAUUGCAUGAUUUAUACCCUUUUUGUGUGUAUUAAUGUGUUUUUACAGAUGUUUUGCACCAUAUCACAUUUACAUUUUAAAUUUCCAGGCCGAUUUCUGAAUACUCCAUCAAAAUUAAUAUUUUUAGUACACUCUGGCAUCAGCCGACUAGCUCAUAUUUUCUUUUUAUUUACUCCUUAUGUUCUCAUUUCUAAUAUAUCUCUUUUGUUUUCUUUGUCAAUAAGGUUGAAAUAAAUAUAGCUUUAUGAUUAUCACAACAUUCAUUAUUUCAGUCUGAAUAAAAUUACAUACCUAGCAAAAAUCUUAUAUCUCGCUUCCAAGCAAGACUUAUUCAUUUUUAUAAAUAUUUCUUUUAAAAAUUAGUUAACCCUUCACACAGAUGCGGAUAUAUACAUUGAAGACUGUGCUUGUAGCGAACGGUUUGCGGACAUAUCUGCAAAAUCAGAGCAAAACUAUUACUAUUUAAGAUGUUAAUUUUUGUAACUGUAUUAAAAAGAUGUAAUUUAUAAAAAUAUAAACAAAAAUUCUAGAAACAAAUUAAAUUAUUAUUUUUAAGGUAAAUGUGUUUUGUGGUUUGGCAACAUUGCAGUUGAAUAUAUCAGCACCGUCUUUUUCCAUAAAACCGUUAAAACAUUAUCUGGCGGAACUCACACACUAAGUUUUACAUCAAAAUGUAUCAGAAAAACGUGUUUCUAAAAAGCUUGAUGUAUUUUGGCAGUUUUCAACUGUCUGUGAAGGGUUAAACGUACUUGUUUUUUUACACCAUAAAUCAAAUUGGUAGUUGUUGCAUCAUUACUAUUAUUGUGUAAAUCUUGUUAUCUUGAAAAGAGCGAGAAAAGGUAAUGUUAACAAAAUUAUAAGGUUAAUAUAAACAAUUCAUCCAAAUAAAUGAAUUUCAUAUAUUUAUUGUUUAAUAAGCAUAGUGUUGUCAUUCUUUCAACUUUAUAUACCCCCUAUUAAUACUACAGCACUACUUACUCAAAAAGUGUUAACUUCCAUACAUGUUAUAUGAUUUAUUCUCAGAGUGAUAUGGUGGUACAUUAACAGUUGGAACUGGCAACAGUAGUUGUUAACAGAUUUUUUUUACCUCUAAAGAAGAAAAUAUGACUCAUCAGUUGACUCUUGUAUGACUAGAGAAAUGUUAUGUGUCCAUACAUUGGCUUAAACUGCAACAAUACCCAUAGUGUAUAAGAAUGUAUUUAGUGCCAUUUAAAAAUUAUUUAGAAAUAUCAUUUUUGUUAUCAAGCCACAGUUGAUCCCAAAAAAACUUGAAGACUUCAUACUAUAUAACAUUAAUGUUUAUGUAAUUUAGAUUUCGAUUUCUAGUUUCCAUUGCAUUUACAUACACAACUUUGUUUAUGAAAUGGUUUUGGUGUCAAAUCAAUCAAUUUACUUGUUCUUAUGUGAUUUUCUAUAGUAUUUUACAGCCAUUUUUAAGGGUAUGAUAACAAUUUUUCUUUCAUGUUGUCUGUAGUAACAAUACAUUUUUUAAUGUACAAACUUUGAUUAAGUUGAACUAUGUUAAGAUCUUAGUUUUAAUGGUUGGCUGUGUUACUUGUGAAAUAGUUUUUUUGUAUAUAUUUUCCUUGAGUAGAAUUUUAACGGUUGUUUGUAAAUCAAAUUAAGUGUACUUUUGGUUUUAUUUUUGUAUUUUAUGGAGCUUUACACAUUCAUCCGUCAUUAAUAAUAGUUAACCUCAGUAUGUAGUGUACCUCAAUUUGUUAAUGUUUUUUAUUGAUUUUUUUUAUAUUUUGUCUUAAAAUUAAAUGGUAGAAAAAUAAUAUCACACUUUAAAUGGUUGAACACAAUUCAUAAUCAAUUCUAAAUGUCUGAUGCAAAAUCUUAACUGAGCAGGAGUUAGCUUUUUACUAAUCUAAAUAUAUGAAUGGAUUAAUUAAAAAUGUAUUUUAGUCUGAUUUCAAUGUUAAAGUUUUACUCUUCUACGUGUUACAUUUCCUUUUCAAGUCUGUAUUAUAUAAAUUAAUUCGGCAAUGCUGGUUUGAUUUUGAUAUUAAAUUAUAAUUUAUGACAAAGAAAUGUAUUAUUUGGUUUACAUGUCUUGUAACUUCUGAGAGUUUAUAGGCAACUAGCACUGUGUUGUGUCAUUGACAAAGAUUUUUAAAUUAUGGAAAACGUGAAAUUGAUGUUGCGGCAAUGAAAAUCAAGGAGGCUAUGGAAAUAUUCAAAACCUCUCAAAAUAUCAACUGCAAUAUCAAGGUUCCAAACAAAUGAAAAUCGUUAAAAUGAAUAUAUUGGGAGGAGCCAUUUUGUUUACUCUUAUAAUUUGGCUCAUAUAAAUCAUAGACAAAAUCAUAACAGUUUUAGUAUAAUACAUUUGUCAUUUUACAUUUACAUUUAAUUUUAGUUGAGUACAAUGUUCAAUUGUACUAAUAAAUUGGAAUUUAGACCUCUUUGCUUUUUAAUGUCUAGUGAUUACAGAGUGUUAUCCAAAAAUAAAUUAUGUAAUAUACUCAUAUAUUUAAAAUAGCUAUACAAAUUUGAUUAGUUUCAGAAAUUAUUUGAGAAAUUGUAGAUAGGUAUUUGAAGAUGUAAUCUUCAUUUUUAAAUCAGAUGUUGUUAAAAAUAUAUUAAUCUUUUUAUUGUACGAUACACUGGCCCAUCAAUUACCAAAUUAUAUUAUUCAAACUGAAGCAAUACAUCCAGCCGAUUGACCAUGAGGCACACUACACACACUGUCUGAAACUAUUUAUUCUGUUAAGUUGAAUUUCUUAACAAAUUAUAGUCUGUUGUUAGUUUUAUCAGUAUAGUAUUCAUUUUAAACUUGGAAAAAACUAUAUAACUAAAUUGCUCUAAACUUGUUUUUAAACUGUCUGUGGCAAGUUUAAUAUGUUGUUGUCUUUAACAUAAUAAAGUUGUUGAUAUGUACAAAUUUUAUAAUUAUUUUUAUACUUUUUGUUUAAUGUAUGUCUUAAGUGCAAUUUUUUAUACAUAUUUUCUUCCUAGUUAAAUUUUAGGGAUGUUGUGUUAUGCAUUAGAAUUUCACCACAUCCCUUCUUCACUUUUAACCUAGUAUAUUAGUUUUCACUUUAAUCAUUUUAUUAUUGUGUCAUGGCUUUUGUUCUAACUUAUAUUUUUAUUAGUAUCAAGCACUAAACUUUGUCUGUCUGUGAAUUACUCAUAUAUGGAAAUUUUUAUAUCAUGAAAUUUACUUACUAUGAGUGUUAUUAAUAAUUUAUUGGAUUAAUUAAAGAAUAUUUGUCAUAUUUAUAUUAUUGAUAGUUUUUAAAGAUAAAAACGUGUUUGUUUUUUUAGUAAAUACAUAUUGUGGAAUGCUAAGGUGAGAUAAUAUUUAGAAAUUUUAACAUUUACAAUUUGUUAAUACAUUGCUAGACCAUGAUGGUAUAAGUGAACAUUGUUCUAUAGUUGGUGGAGCCCUUUCCAAUAUUUUGUACACUGUCACAUUAAUACAAAGACAAGGUUCCUAAAAAUCAUUUUUAGGAAGCAUCUAUUUUUAUUAGACAAAAGACAAGAUCAGAAAAAUUGUACCUUUUCACAAGUGUUAUUCACAAUUAACUUUUUAGUUUUGAUUUAUUUGUAUUUUGUUAUUGUACAGUUUUUUACUGAAUAUAAUUGUUUCCAUGUUGGAAGAACCAAUCAAAAGGAUCUAACGAUUUCAAUUGUUUUUCACUUGUUUAGCUUAAAACAGAAAAAUCGCAUUCACCACUUCUGCGUACGAACUAGCCAUAAAAAAUGGUUUCAUUCUGAAUUCAUGAAAAAAUGCAAUUGUAACCUAGCCACCUUUUUUAGAGUAUGCAUUUUCUAAAAGUGAAAUAAUUCUUUGUUUGAAGUUUAUUUUUGACGAUUGUGAAUGAAACAGAAUUUUUCCGAACAUUUGCCAUCGUUCAGUGAAACAAAAUAGUGUUACUGAUUUUUUUUUUCACUGAACGAUUGUAAAUGUCAGCGAAACAAAAUGUAUUUAAGGAAAACACAUCAUGCAAAUGGAAUAAUGGCAUAUUUUAACUUGUGUUGUGUUGUGUGUGUUAUAUUUCUAAUCAGAAGUGUUGCCGUUCUCUGAUUUCAGUUUAUUUUAACAAUUUUAACUACGCCUGUAUCAUAAGAAUGCUGUAUUGUAUAAUACCAAAGAAAUGCAUGGACAAAACCACAGCAUGACCUAACCUCAAAUCAAAAUAGUUUAUUAUAUAACAGUGCAUGCAGUUUUAUCAGUAUUAAACUGUUUAAUUUUUUCUGUGACCUAAAAACGCAAUAUCUGUGAGAAUUUUUAAUGUAUUUCUUAAUUAAAUCAUCCACAUAGCAUGUGGUAAUCUGAAAAUGUGUGAAAAUCAAAGCCUGUGCAAAUUUAUUCUCCCGGGUUUUUUACUCUUUAUUCUAAAUUUAAAAUAUAUGUAUGGGGCUUGGCUCUUAACUUAAUAAUUUGCAUUUACAAUUGUGCUCACUUGUUUGUAAGUUAAGUAAAUACACUGACGAGUUAUAGAUAAGUUUUAUUUAAAAAGUAGUAUUUAUUAUUCUAUAAUUAACAUUAGUUUAACUUUUAGAUUAAUUUUUUAACCAAGCAUUAAUUUUAUAACAUGAUUAUUAAAAUAUAAAUGUCGUUUAACCUUGAAUCUUUUAAUGGAAAAUUAAAAUACAUGUACAUUUCAUAUAAUAUAUAAAUUCUGUGAUAGGACAGAAACUGUGUUUUUCUUAAUAUAUGUUAAUAAGAACUACUAUUCUCAGUGACGUUUUCCUGUAUAUAAGUACAUUAUUUUAUAAAUAAUUGCACCAUGAAAAUAAAUUAUAUGUCAGUGUCUGAUGUUAUGAUAUUAAAAGUUACAGUAUU